AUGCAGUUCAGUGGUCAGCAAGUAUUUGCAUGGAUUAUCCUGUUAUUAGCUUUCGAAGUGGUUACUGCUGGACUUCUUAUAUCAUCGAUAACUAUGGCAUGUAUUGUGGUUGUGGCUGGUCCAUUUUGUUGUCAAAAAUGUCGUAUGUCAACAACAUUCAUCGUACUUUUGACGGGAGUAUGUGUAGGAACUGCUUGUUUUGUUUAUUGGCAAGCGAAUCUGGAAGGACAAACAUUCACAUUGCAACAUACUCCAGUACAUGAUUUAUUUUCGUAUGAAUAUGGACAUGAAAGGAGUAUCUUGUCCUGGUCAUUUUAUAUGGCUGUUACUAGCGCUGGUCUUUUUGGUCUUUCUGCUAUUUUGUUAUGCAUCUCUUCUCGUAUUGGAGACGAGUUUAAUGGCGACAUGAUAGCAACAGUAUGA